AUGCUGCGAACAGUACAGCUGGCUUGCUCGUCGGCAAGCCUAUGUAAAAACACAAAAUCACUCUGGUCCAUCACCUCGGCAGCACGAUUUUCAGACAAGAAGAAGGGCGACGACCUGGAGACUGAUCUUCAAAAAGACCUGAAAAAGCUCAAUGAAAUCCUAAAAACCGGAAUAAAAGAGACCGAAUCGAUCACCGAAAAGCUAAACGAAGUUCCAAAAGGUCAAGAAUCCGUCGACAAGAAUUUCAUGAAUUUCCGAAAGCAAGCGGAGCAAGAAGCCUUCAAAAGAAGCAGCAUCUUCAACUGGAAGACCGUCUUAGCAACGUUCGCAAUCGGUGGAAGCUGUCUGGCAGCACUAUUUUAUAUCAAAAAGAUUCGAAUGGAUGAGAGAGAAAAGCAUCGGAAGCAGACAGCCGGAAAAGCGAGGAUUGGUGGAGAGUGGGAGCUGGUGAACACCGAUGGAAAGUUGGAAGGAUCCGAGCAACUACGUGGAAAUUGGCUUUUGAUGUAUUUCGGAUUCACGAAUUGUCCCGAUAUUUGUCCGGAUGAAAUUGAGAAAAUGGUCAAAGUGGUGGAGAUCAUUGAAUCCAAAAAAGACGCGACACCUAUCGUACCAGUGUUCAUUUCCGUUGAUCCGGAGAGAGAUUCUGUUGCUAGAGUGAAGGAGUAUUGCUCAGAGUUCUCUGAAAAGCUACGUGGAUUCACUGGAUCCACUGAGCAAGUGAAUAAAGUGGCGAAGACGUUCCGGGUCUAUCAUAGUCAAGGACCAAGGACCAAUAAGCAAGAGGAUGACUAUAUUGUGGAUCAUACUGUGAUUAUGUACUUGAUUGAUCCCGAUGGUCAAUUCCACGACUACUACGGUCAGAAUCGAAAAGCCGAAGAGAUCGCCAAUGUGAUCGAGAUGAAAGUGCUCAAAUAUCAGGCUCAGAAUCGAAAAUCUCUAUUGAACCUGUUCUAG